AUGCUGCGCUGCCUGCAGGAAGGUGCAGCACCAGAGGAGACCCCAGAAGGCAAGGGCGACGAUGUCUCCAAGGCCGCCCAACCCACAACAGCAGAAGCAGCACCAGCACGAACACAAACACUGGGAGAGAGGGACGCAGGCGCAGCAACCGCUGCUGCUGCACCACCCGCUGCUGCAUCCCAAAGGAGUUCAGACAACGGAGCAGCAGCAGCUGCUGCUGCUGCAGGAGCUGCUGUUGUUGGGGCUGUUUGUACGUGUGAGCCAGAAGAAAGUGGACCUCAAUCGCUUUUGCCUGUCCAUACACAUAAAGCACCUGCCUGUACACCAGAAGCUUCAGACUCCCUGGCAGCUGCUCUCCGCGCAGUUGCUGCAAUAAAUGCGGGGGUUUCACCAGUAAGUUUGCUGACCCAAGUAUGCAGAGAAGAAAACAAAGACGGGGCGCCUCUGCGCUUUUUUAGGGCCCCCAAACCCCAGGGAGGUGGCGGCGACGUGCUUCCAGAGGACCCCCACGAAAGGCUCCUUGGGGAGGAUGCAAGCGAUGCUGCAGGAGCUGCCCGCAUCUGCAGGGGUCCAGCAGAAUCAGCUGUGUUUGCUGCUGCUUAUCAGCGGAUUGUGGAGCAGCGGCUGCUGCUGCAGGAGCAAGAAGCUGCAUAUAGGGAGCUGCAGCAAGACACCCUUGCCCGUCUGGGUAUUCGAACGCUGCACAACGCAGAGCAGCAAAUAGACGCUUCCACCAGUAGCAUCUACAGCAGCAGCAGCCUCUUCAACAGCAGCAGUAGCAACACCACCAGCAGCAGCAGUUUAGAAAAGAAGGUCCCCGCUGAACCGGCUGAGGAAGCAAUCAAGAAAAUGCUGCCUCUAUUGCGCUCGCACCGAACUACAACCAUUUUCGUCCCCUCCCCUCACCUUUGCAAGCUUUGGGGGGUGCCAGAUCCCUGGGCAAAUAUUUCAUUGUACAUUUCCUCGUGUUCGUGUCUUUUACCGAUGGACUUGUUUCUGGUGCAGCAAGUGGAGAUGCUGCGUCUGUUGCGGGAACAGCAGCCAUCUACAGCAGACGGUGUAUCGCCACCAUCUGCUGCGACUUCGAUUUCUACUUCUGCUGCAGCAGCUGCUACUGCUGGGCCUUCUCCUGUCUGUACACCUGAGGUGAAGACGCCUCCAGUGCAGGUGUUGCACUUGGCAGACAACGCUGCUGCAACGGAAGAUGCAGAGGGAGCAGCAGAUGAAGAAGAGGACCUCAUGGUUGCUAUGCUGCAACAAACCAAAGAAGACUCUUCAGGAAUCUUUCAGGUGCCCUGCAACACCAAGUGUGCUCCUGACCUCGAUAUUUGA